UGUAAGCCAAAUGGGGGUGGAGGUUAAACAUUACAGGCGUUCUUGUCUGCUUGCUGUCAGUGAGCAGGAUCUACGUUUUGAUUACGUCGUACAUCAGCUUCACUACAUUGUUUAAUGUAAAACAGUUGAGACAUGAAAAUAACACGCUUCCUAGAACAAGAUAGGUCCUUGUGUCAUGUGGCUGCAGCUUUUGCAGGGUGCCUGGUGAUCGUGACCACAGGUGUGUUGGAUACAGUCAGCACUGAACUAGGACAUAGCCACUAUGCUGAGAAACCUAGUCCACAACUUCCUGCUUUUCUCUCAAUGCCUUUCAAUUCCAUCAUCAAUCUUGGAUAUAUACUUCUGGGAAUAUACUGGCUAGGCCGGGAUGAAAAGGCUAUCAGAAUCAAGGACGAGACUGGACUUUAUCUGAAGAAUGUCUUUUCCUGGAUGGCACUGGCAUAUGGUCCUGUUCAGUGGGUCAGGAUAUGGACCCAGGCCCAAUGGGCUGCGAUUCUAGAUCAGUGGUUUACAUUGCCUAUUUUUGCUUGGGCAAUUAUUUGGUGCAACGCCAUUCUGCGAAACUGGAAGAGUCAACACUUCUUGGCAAUAGAAUUCCUCUCAUUGAGCAGCUAUUUCUUGAGCAUGUUUCACCCGCAAGGAUUUGAAUUAGCCCUGGUUUUACAUAUGCUAUGGGCAUUUGUGUCUGGGCUGAGAUUACAGAGCAGAUACGGGGAUUCUACCACAAAGAGAUACUUGGCCUUUGCUCUGAUCUCCUCCCUUGGAUUUGUAGGACUAAAGCUUCUCGAUCACUGGUUGGCCCAAUGUUUCCUCUUUCAGAGACUCACCGGCCACUUCUGGUCCAAAGUGUGUGACAUUUUGCAGUUCCAUUAUGCUUUCUGCUUUUUAGCUCACCUAGACCACCGUAGAUCCUUGAAAUCGAAGGAAUAAGGACUCAAAAUAUAUGUUCGAAUAUUGAUCAGAUUUUCUUCAGUUUUUAAAAUUGUAAUCUGGAGGCCUGGAAAUGAGCAAUCACUGUUGAUAUAAAUUCUAAACAUCCAGACGGAAGUAGAGCGGGACCCAUAUAAAAAAAAUAAUAAUACAUAUGUGAUUUUGUGAGAAAAAUAUAUUGAGAAGGUGAUUGGAGUAACUGAGGCCAUAAGACCUUAGGGCUUAUUUAAACAUCAUCAAUGAUAAUAAAUAAAAGACGAAUGUUUAUUAACAUAAAAAAAAAACAAUGCACACAACGCGUUUUUUUUUACACGUUUUAUAGAUAUGACAAGUGUGCUGCCUUGUGAAUUCAACUCUUAUUUUGUGCGGGUUUGCUUCCAGAGGUCUGGUUUAAUGACAAGGGGUUGUUUUCAAACCAAAAAAAGUUAGCAAUUAGGCAAAACCAUGUUGCACUGCAGGUGGGGCAGAUGUAACAUGUGCAGAGAGAAUUAGAUUUGGAUGGGAUGUGUUCAAACUGACAUCUAAAUUGCAGUGUAGAAAUGAAGCAGCCAUUAUUUACCCUGCAUAGAACCAAUAUAACCCACCCAAAUUUAACUCUUUCUGCACAUGUUACAUCUGCCCCACCUGCAGUGCAACAUGGUUUUGCCCAAUUGCUAACUUUUUUGGUUUGCUGACAAACCCCCAAAGUUGAAAAACGUUGUCAUAGGUUACCUGGCCUCUAACUUGAACACCGGCUCCAAUAUUGCGAGUGCUUGUAAUAAGGGAUUUUGAUUGUAAAGUCGACAGCUGUGAAUGAUAAUCUGUAAUUGUACGGUGUUGUGUAAUAAGUUGGUGCUACAGUGUAUAAACUAAAGAAAAAUAAUAAUAUGCAUCUACACAAAAUUAGUUCCUAACAGCCCCAUGUUACGAUGCACUUCCCUUCCUUCACAGAAACAGAAAGUGGAAGUAUUACUGCUUUUUGGAGUAAAACAUAAAGUUUCCCUUAUGCUUUGGAGAAUAGAAUUUUUUUUUUUUUUUUUAGUAAAGACGGGUAAGAAUUUCCUCCACCAGUAUCUAUGACUAAUAUUUAAAACAGUAUUUAUCAACUCCAGACUGCAAGUACAGUACCCUUCAGAUUCUAUUUCCAUCUGUGGGAAGAGGCAAGAUAAUUGCUAACACUGGCAAAUAAAUGAUUUCACUGUCUACGAUUCAGGACAUUCUACAAACAUGACCUGUUGGGAGGUCAUCGGGAUCUAACUUUGGAAACCCUGGUUUGUCUCCAUGCAGUUGAACAAACAUAUGGUGGUCUUAACCAUUAUUGACAAGUGUUUUGUCUAACAAUCCUCGAGAAGCCAGUGCCAUCACUAAAGCAUUGGCAUUCGGGAUCCUGUCUGAAGAUCGACAGUGUCUAGGUCGACAAUGUUUAGGUUGACCACUAUAGGUCGACAGUCACAAGGGUGACAUGUUUUGAAGGUCGACAGGGUUUCAAGGUCGUCAUGUUCUAGGUCGACAGGUAAAAAUGUCGACAUGAGUCUUUAAAAAAAAUAACAAUUUUUUUCAUACUUAACGAUCCACGCGGACUACGAUUGGAACGGUAAUCUGUGCCAAGAGCAGCGGUAGCGGAGCGAGGCACCUUGCCCGAAGCAUGGUGAGCGAAGCGAGCCAUGUGAGGGGACACUGUGCACUAAUUGGGCUUCCCGGUCACUGUACGGAGAAAACAACACCAAAAAACCAUGAAAAACUCAUGUCGACCUUUUGACCUGUCGACAUAGACCAUGUCGACCUAGUGACUGUCGACCUAUAGUGGUCGACCUAAACAUUGCCGACCUAGACACUGUCGAUCUAAUGAUCCACACCCUGGCAUUCGUAGGCUACAUUCUAGAGGAUAUUGGUGUUAUCCACACACAGGCUGCAUCCGCUACACCAGGUGAAUUUUAAUUCUCCUCUGGUAAUGAAUGUACAUGUAAAAGAAUUGUGGAAAUCAGUGCUUAUGUUCAUGUUUAUUGAAAAAGUAUUGUGUGUAAACAUCACAUUUUCUUUGUCCACAUGCAAAAUGAAGAAUUUUAAAAGA